CCCCUCCUUCCUCCACACAGUCAGAGUGGAGAAGCAAAGCAAGUUGUGCUGGCAGGAGCCUGAGCCUCACGAUAAACCUUGGCAUCAGCCUGCCUUCAUCCGGCAGUCAGCGAGGACACUUCAGGGCGCAGGGGCAGAGAGACGGGACGGAGAGAGAGUGAGACAGACAGAGAGAGAGAGAGAGAGACAGAUUGGCGUCAGGAGCAGCCUCCAGAGGGCUCUGACUGAUACAGAUCCUCUCCACAGCUCUGUACGCAGUAGCUCUUUCUGCUGUUUCCUGACGCUGGCAGGGUUGAUGAGGAUGGCGAGUGGCUUCUUCUUUUCCACAGCAUCGUCACUAGAGCAACGGUAGCAUCAGCAUCUACAGCAGCAACAGCUUCAGCCUCAGCAUCAUCAGCAGCAGCAGCAGCCGGAUCUAUACUCUGCUGCUGGUCCCUAUUCUUCAGCCGCCUCCUCUCUCUGGUGUCUAAGAGUGCUGCUGUCAGGGCCGUUCCGCCCACCUCCACUUCUGCCUCCUCCUGCCUCCUCCUCCAUCCUGCCUCCUCCUCCAUCCCGCCUCCUCCUCCACAUCUCCAUCCUCCACAUGCUCUCCUUCAUUCCUUCCAUUGAGCCACGGCACUGAAUUAAUUCUUCGCCUUCUGACUGGAGCUGCUUUCUCUAGGAAGACAGUGUCAUGUGUGAUUGGCCAGCUUGCCCUCUGGCAGUAGCAUCAGCCUGGAUUCCGUGUGUGUCUCGCCCCCCUGCCUGUGCCUGGGCUCCGGCUGUCCCUGGGGACGCGCUACUGGGAUUUACCUCUUACUGCUGGAUGGAGAUGGGCUUUCUGCCUUUUUGAAAACUGUUCACCAAAGGAGAAAUGCACAGAUACAAAGAAGGAGGAAAUAUAAUGAAUCAAUCAGCAGCACAACCAGGCAGACUGCUGGAUUCCCUUAGCAACAACUCGGGGAGUGAAAGAGAGAAGUGAAUCGUCUCUUCCUAUCUUCUCUGGUGUCUGGUUUCUGGGCACACCCCUGCAGACCAGAGUGGACCAACAGUCGGAUCUGAAAGGGCAGGAUUUGGGACACUGCAUGGGCACGAAGGACACGCAAGUCACCCUAACGCCAGGGGAAGGACCCUCCUCUUCCUCCUUCUCUUUCACCUCCUCUGGUUCAUCACCAUGUUGGUUUGUCAUUCUUCCUCUGCACGUUCUAUUCAUUAGUCACAUUUUACUCACUAAGAUGUCCGUUUAUCCUCAUUCUUGCCACCUGGACUAAGCCCUGCCACUGAACAAAAGAUUGGACAUUCUUCACACACACACACACACACACACACACACACACACACACACACACACACACACACACACACACACACACACACACACACACACACACACACACACACACACACACACACACACACACACACACACACACACACACACACACACACACAGAGAGACUCUCACCCCUCCUCCUACCUUCCUUACUCCUCUCUUUGACGAGAAAUGAACAACAGAUGUCGGGCAUCAUCUGAACAUAAAAUGGAUGGGUGCAGAAGUUGCUUUUGAUGUGGGCUAUUUCUUUAUUCCUUCAAGAUUAGUUUAUUCUCCCGUCACUUCUAAGAGAAAGGGAACACUGCACGGCGGAGGACACAGGAGGAAUAUCUCUUGUUUUCAAAAGGAUUUGUUCUCCUCUCUCCCUAAAAAAGACAGAUGCCAAACUGAGGGAGUAUAUUUAGAAUCCAAAGCUUGUCCCUACUGCCUACCAAUAAUGUAGACCAAGAUCAUUAAAAAAAAUGACCAACCGCUGGGAGUUCUAUUUUUCUUUGCUUGGAUAUUCUGAUCUACAGGGGAGGCUGAACAUGAACCCCUUGUUCAGCUUGACAACCUGGGAUGCACUCUUUUACAGUAACCUGGCUGACACCAAGUCACUGCAUCGUACCAGCUAAAUAAGAUUGUAAAGGAAGGUGAGUGGGAGGGGAAAAUAGCAACUUCCUCUGACAGACGAUCUAAAUAAAUAUCCUCCUCAGAGAACGAUGCAAACGUACACACUGACACAUGAGAUGAGUAGGCUCUCUAGCUCAACACUAUUAUAUAAGGUGUUUUCACACACACCAUCUUAGCUCCUGUUCUUUUCAUCAUCCUCCUGUUCCGUGGAUCUAACUUGAGUUUUUUUAUGUUUCUUUUGGCUUCAUUUUUGGUACAAUCCAUCCUGGAGCCAUGGAUGGCGGAGGGUAACGCCAGGGGGUUGAGCGCUCAGGCCAGGCAAGGUCUUUUGGCUGUCCAGGGGCUUUUAAGAUGUUGAGGUCUCCCUGCGUGGCCGGGGCCCCUGUUCGGAUCAGUAGCACUGAGGCUCCUCGCGGCCAGAGACAUGGACCCCGAAUCGGCUCCCCCCCGCCCCUGCCCUCAGCCCGCCGGCCCCUGGCCCCAAGUCGCCCUGUGAAGGAUGUCCCUCAGCAGAGCUCCGGCCCGGGACACCUCUGAGACCCCCAGCCAGACCCCCAGAGAACGCAUCCGCAGCCACAUGAAGAUGGUGAUCAACCAGCUGGACGGCAUUCUCAAAGAGCUCAAGGAUGUGGCCAAGGAACUCCGGGAGGUGGUGGGUCAGAUCGACAAGCUGACGUCAGACUUUGACUUUGACCUGGAGCCAGAUGACUGGACAGUGGCCACAGCGAGCAGCACGUCCAGCAGCGAGAGAGGCCUGGGAGAGGCCUUCAGGCUGGACUUCCUCAACCCUGACGUGCUCUCAGACAGCUGGGAGUUCUGCAGCUAUCUGGAGGCCUCCGUCGCUGCAGCAAACGCAGCCCACAAAGCAGGGCCAACGGUGCAGCCCAAAGAUGCAGGGCUGGAGCCAGGUGCGGGGCGUGGGUGCAUCCCCACCCAGACCCAGACCCCGCCACCCACAACCGCCUCAGCCUACUCCCAAAUGAAUGGGGGGCUGCCCAUCCCUAACGGACCUCUCAUAGUCACCCCAGACUCAUCCAGCGCCAGCGAAGAGGCUUCCAGCUCCACACACAGCCACAAGACCUCCCGCACGUCCGGCACCAGAGAGAGAGUCCGCUUCAGUGACAAGAUCCUAUACCAUGCGUUGUGCUGUGAUGAUGACGAGGAGGAUGAAGAGGAGGGAGAUGAGGAGAAGGGCGGCUGUGCGACCCCAGACACUGACGACAGUGAGCCCAGUCCUAGUCAAGCCGGCUCGCCCACACCACCGCUCUCCUCCUUAGAGCACUCCGUCCUCCAUAACUGUCUGGACCCUUCUUAUGUCUCGUUCCCAGUGAACGUGGCAGCGGGGACUCAUACGCUGCCCAGAAAGGGUCUUCUCAAUCCCGCGAGCUGCCGGAAAAAACUGCUACGGAACAGCAGCACACAGACUGUUUCAGAUAAAAGCACCCAAACUGUACUGCCCUAUAUUCCAGCCAAACAAAAAACAAAGGACCACUGAGAAACAGUAACUUUACAACGACAGAACUAAUGAAAAAGGACUGUGUACUAUUUAAUAUUAAAUGCAUAGAUCAUAGAUUAAUACACAACUAAAUAAAUCCAUAUUAAUUACUAAAUAAAUACAUCAUAUGGGAAAUGACUCACCUACCUAAAGUCAUUCUGAGGCUCAGGGAAACAAAGGAUAAAGGCAGUUCCUUAAGGCAGUAACAGAGAGAAAAGUGUUAUUGACGGACCAAAAGGCUAGUGCCUGCUAAUGUUAAGAAAUGGACCGGAUUGGAUUCCUUAUUUAUAAUCAUUUGCAACACUUAUUGAGAUGACUCAAACAAUCACUUUUCUAGGAAGUUGAAAUUGUUCUGAAAUCGGAAAGUAAGUGUGAAGAGGUCAUUUCCCUCCUCGUACACCAGUAUAAAUCACAAGAAAAUACAUUGCUUGUUCUUUAAGAUGUGGUUAAAAAACACUGCACAUUCUGUACACUGAGAAUCUGUAUAAACAUUGUCUUUUUCAUCUUCCAAUUAUUUCAAAUGUCAAGGGGGUUCCUGGUGUAACAACGGGGAGUGUAUCUAGAUGCACAAGUCAAGCCUCCUUCUCUCUUUGAUGUCAUCAUAAGUGAGUCAAGGCCCAGAAAAACAUGGUUUUUCGACCUGCCCUCGAUUUUAUUAAUCAUUUCAAUAAUUUAUCUCUUGGUCUGCUGCUGAAACUGUAGUUGUGGAAAGCAAGAAGAAAAACUGGUAUUUUUGUGAGAUUCUGUGCUCCAACUCCACAUUGUGACAUUUCCACUUGAUCUAUCCGUUCCUCUCUGCAAGGGAGCAAGGCUGCUAGGGGUGAGGACUUGAAUAGAAGUGCACAAAACCAAGAUGCAAAAGGUUAUGUCUCUCCAUUCUGAAUCCCAGUAGGGAUUUGGACUCAAUAGAGCAGCAUUUUAUUCACAGGGACUAUGCCAAAAGCAGUGUUGAUCAAUAAGGCUGAUUGAGAGAGUGCUGUGAGAGGUCUCUCUGCUGAACAGGCAGACCCUGCUCCUGGGGGCCCACAACAAAAACUCACAGUUAGACCUCCAUCUAUUUCCUCUGCUAUUAGUGGCAGACAUGGACAGACGUAGCCUUCAAGAAAGAGGUUGGCAUUUAAGAAAUGUGUGCCAGGAUGUGAAAGAGUGGGUGGCAGACAGAGAGAAAGAGAGCGAUGGAGAGAGAGGGGGGGGGGGGGUUGAGUGAAUGCAGGAGAGGGUAAAGGGCUGACCUCACAAAGAAAAUGUGCUGCUAGAUUGUUGUUAAUCAACCCUUGGAACACAAUAAUUUCCCCUCUAAUCACCAGGUGCUGACUCAUGUCUCUGAGGAUGGCCAGAGAGAACUCUCCUCUCAGAGAUAGAUCUAUUACUGUGCAUAGGCCCCCAACUGCCCUGGGCCCCAGGUUAUAGUACAGAAGAGAUCAGGGUUGGACUCUUUACAUUGCAUAUAUUUAUCACAUAUUUUACAUCUCAAUAUAUUUUUGUUAAAAUGCACAUAAUGAACACAUCUAUAAUGUUUUCCUACUAAAGAAAGGCAGAUUAUUGAUCUGCAGGCUGGAGUAAAGGAAGCAUAGCCUGUGUCAAAACCAAAUACUUUGCUCGGUAUCUAGACUGGUCCCCUGCUAGGUGAAACAUGGUCAUGCCUCUAGUCUCAGUGCUGUGCUGGUGAACAAGUGAAAGUUGAACUUCAAUUUGCAACACCUAACAAACUGUGAGUAAUGCAGUGUAAUAAUAAAAGAUAAGGGAAACAUUG